AGGGUCGUGCUGGGGAGCCAACUCCGGGCGAGAGACCGGUUACAUCCUGGAUCGGUCGCCAGCCGAUCGCAGGGCUAACACAGAGACAUACAACCAUUCACACUCACAUCCACACACCUACAGGGCAAUUUAGAGUUCCCAAUCAACCCAAUCCCUAGCGCGCGUCUCUGGGCUGUGGGAAGAAGCCGGAGAACCCGGAGAGAACCCAAGCAGACACAGGGGACAACAUGCAGCCUCCACACAGAGAGGCCUCCCAGGACCUUCUUGCUGUGAGGCGACAGUGCUAAUCACCACCACACCACCGUGCCGCCCAGACUAAUCCAUUCACCGAAUUAAAAAAAAACAAAUGACCCCACAGUUUACAAACUCUAUUUUACGGCAAUUUCAGAUUUUCCCGACAUAGUUUAAGCAAACUCCCUUUGGUUUCGCCAUCGUCAGAUUUCGUCAUCGAGUACAUUCUGGUGUUGAACAAGACGCUGGGUGUGACUGAAGUAAGUCGUAAGUGAGUAAUCUUGCUGAUAGCUUUAAGAAGAGAGCUGCGAAGUUCUUUUUUUGAACCCACAGAAGAGUCUGCCAUGGCAAACAUUCCUCCCAAACCCUCCUUCAGGGGUCUUCACUGCGUUUUUCUGGUGGCACUGAUGGGUGCAUCGGGUUUGGAGGCCCGGGAGCAGAUUUCCUGGACCGGUGAAGUCACGGCUGGUUUCCCGACCACUUUCACGUGUUCCUCUUCAUGCCAGCCAAACUGCACCUACACCUGGUCCUUUGAGGGCCACACAGUCCAGGGGAGCAGAUUAACCUGGACCCCAGAUGGGCUGGACAACACAGUGGAAUUACAAUGCACUGUGCUCCAUCCGGAAACAGGAGCCUCACGCAGUGUCACCUCCAUUGUAGAAAUUAAGAAUCGAGUGUCUGUUCAAAUCAGUCAACCAACCGCUGUCCCGUCUCUCAACCAGCCGCUGGAUCUGGUCUGCCGCGGUGGUGCUGCAGCAGGUGACCCCUCCCCGCUGGUGAAUCAGGUGAUCUGGUACAAAGAUGGACGGAAACUGACUCUGCGGGAAAACAUGCAGCUGCUGCAGAACAACCUGACACUUCACUUUGACUCAGCGCUGGCUGCUGAUGCUGGAUUCUACCUGUGCGAGACACGUGCGCCCAGGGUUUUCAGCCUGGGUUAUCUGCUCAGCUUUGAUCCUUGGAACGUGAGCAUCGGCGGACCCGGCGCUGUCUUUCCUGGCAGAUUGAGUAAAUUCACCUGCUUGACAAGCUGUGCUUUAAACGUGGAUUGUACGGUCAGGUGGCAGUUCAGAGAGGGUUUCCCCAUCGGUAGCUUCUUUUCAGUCCAUAAAAAUGAGCUCAGGUGGACCCCGUCCAUACCGGGCACUUCCCAAAGCUUCACCUGUGUUGCAGAAAAUGCAGCUGCUGGACGCUCUUCUGAGGCCACUGAGUCGGUCCAAGUUUUAGGGAUUCCUCUCUCUGGAUCGGAGUCGGUGCAUCCGGAUGGACUCUCAGCAAUGAUUGUCAGCCUGGGAUUCCUGCUGCUCUUUGAUGCACACAGCUCUUUACCCUUUUAGUGUGUAUAUUCUAAUGAGAGUAUUGCCCUCUUGGAGAAGCAAUUACGAUGAUGCCCACCUGAUGAAUCAUUUCUUUAUAUACAUUUAGUGAUCAGUUUUUGUGUUAUUUAAUCCAUCUGACCACAAAGCGCAUCACAACAAAAAACAGAGUUAUAGGUUUUAUUUUUUGCCAUUAAGUCAUUCUAAUUUUGACCCAUUGCAUAAACCUACAAAUGCCGAAUUUUUGGAAGCUACUGGGGCAUAGUUGAUCACAUUUCAAUACUCGUCUGUCAGCAAUUCUUGUUUCAAUUCUGUGUUAUUUCUGUGUUUUACAUACUUUGUUUUCAAAUAUACACCUUUUCCUCCUAGUAUGGAUAAAGGGACACGUGGAGUGUACUUAUGACCUGGAGGGUGACUAAUUCACACAAAUGCCAGAAGAAGUUCAUUUCUGUCUAAAAAAUAACCAACUCCCUUUGUUUUUAAACUACAGAUGGUUAGUGACUCAGGAAAGUCCCUCAUCACCCCCCCUGAAACUGAACAAAUGAGACAGAUAAGAGAAUCAGCCAGAACUAACAAAUGAGGAAGACAAAGGUCUCCUGUGUAUUAUGCUUUUACAUCCCAUAUUAUCCAUCCACUUGUUUCAAAUAUUAUUGGCCUUAAGGUUCAGUUGCAAUGGGGAGGAAAAACUAGAAAAUCAUUUCA